UCAUUGCACCGCGCCGGUAAGAAGAGGCGAUGGAUGUUGCCUGGAAAUUAUGGGACUAAGAUAAGUUUUGUUGUCGUACCGGGAAUAUUGAUUUACAAAGGAAAUAAGGAGCUGAUUCUUAGACGUAAAAUGCAUUUUGUAUUGCCCCAAUGAACGAGUCUGCGAUAGUGUCGGGUGUUAAGCUGCGCAGGCCAGCGAACCAACUUGACAGACGCAGUACAUUCACAUAGACUUUGUUUCAGGCAAGCACUUUUUAUUAAUACUCCAGAACUGUCAGUCUGGUUUCACGCUGCUGUGUCAUUAAUAUGUUUACUCGCCCUAUAGAAAUCGCUUCCAUGUAGAAUUUUUGCUGCUCACGUUUUUGUAUUUCAGUAGCUUCGAGGCUCUCCAGCAGGUGUAGGAAAAUGAGGGUUGCUGUGAUUAUUAGUGGCAACCUGGUUUUCACUCUGGUGGAUAUUGUGGUCACCACAGUCUUGUAUGUUCAUGGAUCAAGUCUUGAUAUAUUUUCAGAUGAAUUAGAGGACUUUGACAUACACCGCUCAACUUUGGACUUGUGGGGAACUGUUCUCAUACGGGCCAGUCUUCUUUUCGGGGCCACCAUCGGGGUGUGCUAUAACAGGACUGAUGGUCCACAGAGGGUUUCAAACCUGGGGACGCUGGUUUCUUUUAUAUGCCUUACCAACAUGACUUAUGCUCUUGCCAAGUUGUUGAUGCUUUCCGAGGAGGGAGCUCUGAUGUAUGACCCCUGGUUCCUAAGUUUGUUCUCCUGGACUUGUGCAUCAGCAAUAGGCAUCAUGAUCUCAUGGAAGCUGCUGUCACAGACUCCCAAUUCUGUGUCUGAAAGAGAGGACAGCGAGGAGACGGAGAGGCUGGUGGAUGGUAUCGAGACUGAAGAUGAGUCCAGUAAGAAGAGCAGAAAAUCAAGGAAAGAGCACCCCCAUUCAGGGGCCACAAUCAGCCGUCUCUUGUCGUACUGUAAGAAGGACUCUGGUUUGCUGGCCAUUGCUCUCUUCUUUCUUCUCCUCUCUGCUGUGUGUGAAGCUUUCAUACCUUAUUACAUGGGGCGAGCAAUAGAUGGCAUAGUUAUCCAGAAAAGCAUGGAUCAUUUUGCCAAACCACUGAUUACUCUCACUAUUUUGGCUUUGGUCAGCUCCAUAGCCACUGGGUUUCGUGGAGGUGUCUUUUCUGUUACGUUUGCCAGGUUGAACAUUCGACUUCGGAACCUUCUCUUUAGAUCACUAAUGCAUCAGGAGAUUGGGUUCUUCGAUGCUAACCAUACAGGUGACAUUACCUCUAGACUUACCUCAGACACUACUCAGGUGAGCGACCUCAUCUCACAAAAUGUCAACCUGUUCCUGCGCAGCUUUGUGAAAGCUGUGGGCAUCUUCAUAUUCAUGUUUGGGAUGUCAUGGAAACUGUCGGUAGUCACCAUCAUGGGUUUCCCAUAUAUAGCUGUGGUCUCCAAGCUGUAUGGAGAGUAUUACAAGAAAUUAACCAAAGAUGUUCAGACAGCACUGGCUCAGGCCAAUAAAGUGGCAGAGGAAACAAUAUCAGCCAUGAGAACAGUGCGAAGUUUUGCAAAUGAAGAUCAGGAGGCAGACUCGUACUACAGCAGACUGCAGGAGAUGUUCGUUCUUAAUAAGAAACAAGCAGUUGCCUAUGCCUGCUUCAUGUGGUCCAGCUAUAUCUCUGAGCUAGCCUUGCAAGUAGCAAUCCUGUAUUAUGGAGGUCACCUGGUGGUGACAAAUCAGAUGAGUGGAGGGACCCUUAUUUCCUUUAUCAUUUAUGAGCUGGAGCUCGGUGAGGCCCUGGAGAGUAUAUCGUCAGUGUACACAGGUCUGAUGCAAGGCGUUGGCGCUGCAGAGAAAGUGUUCGAAUAUAUUGACAGGAAACCUAAACAUAUCCUUGAUGGUCAACAAGCUCCAGAGACAUUUGAAGGGCAGGUGGAAUUCAAAAAUGUGACGUUUGCGUAUCCAACACGGCCAGAGAUGGAUAUAUUAAAGAAUGUUUCCUUCAAUCUUCGCCCAGGGCAAGUAACUGCACUGGUAGGGCCCUCUGGUGGUGGAAAAAGCUCAUGUGUGUGUUUGCUGGAGAAUUUCUAUGCUCCUCAGCAAGGCCAUGUGCUAGUGGACGGCCGACCUGUGAACAGCUACCAGCACAAAUACUAUCACUCUAAGGUAGCACUGGUGAGUCAGGAGCCUGUUCUAUUUGCCCGCACUGUUCAGAUGAAUAUAUCCUAUGGUGUACCUGAAGCCCCCAUGGAGGCAGUCAUUAGAGCUGCCAUUAAUGCCAAUGCACAUGACUUCAUAACAGGCCUCUCCAAAGGCUAUGAAACUGGGGUUGGAGAGAAGGGUGCUCAGCUGUCUGGUGGGCAAAAACAGAGAGUUGCCAUUGCUCGGGCUCUUAUCAGAAACCCUCGCAUUCUCAUUUUGGAUGAAGCCACAAGUGCACUGGAUUCAGAAAGCGAAUACAUAGUUCAGCAAGCUCUGAACAACUUGAUGCGAGAACACACGGUUUUAGUGAUUGCCCACAGACUGAGCACAGUGGAGAGAGCUGAUAACAUCCUAGUGAUCGACAAAGGCUGUGUGGCAGAGCAGGGCCCACAUGCUGAACUCAUGGCCAGGGGAGGCCUCUACUGUAAGCUGGUGCAGAGGCAGAUCCUGGGGACUGACAUAGAUGCAGAUGUUCACAACCCAUCGCCAGCCCCACCAUGGAAGCUGAAGGAAGGAGAUAAGGAGAGUGCAGAGGACUGUAGCGACACUGAAAAUGAAGCACGCUACUAAGACAAAGUUGAAAUGUGCUUCACUUGAUUGUAUGAAGGCCUUAAUCCUAGAUAGAUAUUUAUUUUAUUUUAUUUAUUCUAAUCUGGGGAUAUAUCACAUAUUUUGCAUGUCAAACAGUGUGUUACUAGACAGGAGUUCUGCACUGAAUAAAGCUUUAAGCAAUAAAUAUUUGACAUACUUGAUGUACUGUACUAUUGUUUCCAAUAUAAACAUCUUAAAUAGUACAAACAUAUCAUUAAACUUAAUUAUGUAAAUAAAAUGAAUUAA